AUGGGUGCCAUCGCUCCUAUCUCCUACCUCUUACCGACACCACGGAGUGGAAACCAUCAACAAGCGCACCCCAAUCACACCUCACCAACGUCGCGUCCUCCUUCUACUCUCUCCAGUCUCUCAUCUCCACGCUUCUCGCUUUUAGUGCCUAGCAGCCGCAGCCUUCCCCCCCUGCGCACCUUUGCAAUGCCACCCAAGCGCUCAGGGCUGAAGCCUAUAGCACAGCCAGAUAAGAGACAGAAGACGCUUUCAUUCACACGACUGUCACCCACGGCAGGGGACAGUGACAAGGAAAAUGAACCACCGGCCUCACAAACACCUUCUCAACGGAGCAGCGGCGCGCCUUCAGAUACCAGCUGCGCUUCCCGCUCCAGUACCAGCGGCAUGCCUUUAAACGUCAGUCGCGCUUCCCUCCCUAGUGCCAGUCGCAAGCGCACGUUGCAAAGCGACGACGGUUCAUCCGACUACGCGAACAGUGAGUCCAGCGAAGAGCUAGAAUAUGAAGAGCAAGACAUGGGAGAGCAAGAGCUAGAGGAGGCAUCCUUGGGCGAGGACGACAGCAUACCCGUAGACGACGUGAACAAUGAUAAACACGAAACCCAGGAUAUCAUCCGGCGCUGCUCUAUCACUGAUGCGGAGCUAUCUGGUGAGACGACGGUCCAGCAAGUCAAGGAUUUCGUCAAGCGUAUAAUGCCUCCGCUAUCAAACACCAAACUUGACGCCUUUGAGAAAGAAAUUCGCGAACAUGUAUGCUCAUCUUCGCCAUACUUGGUACCGGCCCGAGUACGCGACCCUAAGGAUUGGCCAUACAACAGACGACUACAUGGAUAUAACAUGGAGACAUGCUUAUGUUGGAGAGAAGGCGAUCCUGCUAAAGCAGAUUCCAGCCUGGCUCAAUAUGGAAGAAGAGAACCUGGUGAGACCUACAGGCUCUCUUCGCGAUAG